CACAGAGGUUCUCCAUCACACUUUCCUAGAGCGGCCCGGAAGUGUCUCUGGGCAUUUCCUGAGACCCGGCCAAUUUCCGGCGGCUGCCAGCCACUGCAAGCUGCUGCGGACAGCUUCCUCCAGGUGCAGAGGGUGUUACCGGUUGGUUUGUAUUUGUAAGGCAGCUGUGCUUAGGACCGUCUCUUCGGACUGAUCAAGAGCGAGCGAACAAGGAUGUCCGCUCUGGGGGCUGCAGCUCCGUACUUGAACCAUCCGGCUGACAGUCACAGAGGCCGGGUCAGUUUCCUGGGGCCCCAGCCCUCUCCAGAAGUCGCGGCAGUGGCUCAGCUCGUGAAAGACUUGGACAGGAGCACCUUCAGGAAGUUGCUAAAGCUUGUAGUUGGGGCCCUGCAUGGGAAAGACUGCAGAGAAGCUGUGCAGCACCUCGGUGCCAGUGCCAACCUGUCAGAGGAGCGUCUGGCCGUCCUGCUGGCGGGCACGCACACACUGCUCCAGCAGGCUCUCCGGCUGCCCCCUGCCAGUCUGAAGCCAGAUGCCUUCCAGGACGAGCUCCAGGAGCUUGGCAUUCCCCAAGAUCUGAUUGGAGAUUUGGCCAGUUUGGUAUUUGGGAGUCAACGCCCUCUUCUGGACUCUGUGGCCCAACAGAAGGAAUCCGGGCUGCCGCACUUGUCUUACUUCCGGUGGCGGGUGGAUGUGGCCAUUUCAACCAGUGCUCAGUCUCGCUCCCUGCAACCGAGCGUUCUCAUGCAGCUGAAACUCACAGACGGAUCUGCACACCGCUUCGAGGUACCUGUAGCCAAAUUCCAGGAGCUGCGGUACAGUGUAGCCUUGCUCCUGAAGGAGAUGACGGAACUGGAGAGGAAAUGUGAGCGCAAACUGCAGGACUGAACCUGCUGUUGUGGGUGCUGAAACUGGUACCAUAGCAGAGCCCCACUGGUCAUGAAGCCAACUUAAUUGAGGGCCCACAUGUAAGAAAGUAUUUUGCUGAAGUGAAAAGGCAGCUGUUGACUUUGGGGUUUUGCAUUGUUUUAUGAUUAAACAGCUGGGCAUAGUGGCACAGUUCAUGAUCUCAGCUGAGGCUGUAAGGCCAGCCUGGGUUAUAUGGUGAGGCUUGGUUUCAAAUUAAAGAGGUAAAGCAACUAUUAAAAACAUGUUCUUGGGUGUUAAGCCUUAUACUUGCCCCUUCCCCAGCUGUUGGUAUGAGCUCCUGGAUGAGGCCAUGUGGAGAUCUAGGGUCCAGAUGGGGGCUUCUUACAGUACACAACAAGGUUCUCAGCCUGGCCUGAACCCUGCUCAGUUGCUUUCAUAAGCCCUGUGCUGUGGUGUGGAC